CUGCGGCCCGCGACGGUUGACCUGGCGGCCGGUAGUUCUCGGCCUCGGCAGGCGGCUGGCGAGUCGGGGGUCUGCACGGUUCCCCGGGCGGCAGCGCUGCUCGGCGCCGUGGACCUGCGGCAGGCUGAGCCUGGGCUCCGGGCGGCGCGGCUAAUCCUGUGCGGGUCGUGAGUCGGGGUGCUGCGGGGAUCCCGGGGGGUGAACACCCGCCAUGCCGUCCCGGGUGGAAGACUACGAGGUGCUGCACAGCAUCGGCACCGGCUCCUACGGCCGCUGCCAGAAGAUUCGGAGGAAGAGCGACGGCAAGAUCCUGGUGUGGAAAGAACUUGACUAUGGCUCCAUGACGGAGGUGGAGAAGCAGAUGCUUGUGUCUGAAGUGAACCUGCUUCGGGAGCUGAAGCAUCCAAACAUCGUCCGUUACUAUGAUCGUAUUAUUGACAGAACCAACACAACCUUGUACAUCGUGAUGGAGUACUGUGAAGGAGGGGACCUGGCCAGUGUCAUUACUAAGGGGACCAAGGAGAGGCAGUACUUAGAGGAAGAGUUUGUGCUUCGAGUAAUGACUCAGUUGACCCUGGCCCUCAAAGAGUGUCACAGAAGGAGCGAUGGUGGCCAUACUGUGCUUCACCGGGAUCUGAAGCCAGCCAAUGUCUUCCUGGACAGCAAACACAAUGUCAAGCUUGGGGACUUUGGACUAGCUAGAAUUUUAAACCACGACACGAGUUUUGCGAAAACAUUUGUUGGCACACCUUACUACAUGUCUCCUGAGCAAAUGAGCCGCUUGUCCUAUAAUGAGAAGUCGGACAUCUGGUCACUGGGCUGCCUGCUGUAUGAGCUGUGUGCAUUGAUGCCUCCAUUCACAGCUUUCAAUCAGAAAGAGUUAGCUGGGAAAAUCAGAGAGGGGAGAUUCAGGCGGAUCCCCUACCGCUACUCUGACGGGCUGAAUGACAUCAUCACUCAGAUGCUGAAUUUAAAGGAUUACCACCGACCUUCAGUGGAAGAAAUUCUGGAGAGCCCUUUGAUAGCAGACUUGGUUGCGGAGGAGCAGAGGAGGCAUCUGGAGAGGAGAGGACAGCGCUUAGGAGAGCCUUCGAAGCUGCAGGCCUCCAGCCCUGUGCUGAGUGAGCUCAGGUUGAAGGAAAAGCAGCUGCAGGAGCGAGAGCGAGCGCUCCGAGCCCGAGAGGACAAUCUGGAGCAGAAGGAACGUGAACUUUGUAUUCGAGAGAGACUGGCAGAGGACAAACUGGCCCGAGCCGAGAGUCUGGUGAAGAGCUACAGCCUGCUGAAGGAGCAAAGGUUCCUGUCCCAGGCCAGUGCCUCAGAACUUGACCUUCCAUCGUCAGCAGUGAGGAAGAAGGUUCAUUUCCGUGGGGAGAGCAAAGAAAAUGCCACAAAGAGCGAGGAUGCCGAGAGCCAGCUUGCCAAGUCCAAGUGCAAGGACCUGAAGAAGAGACUUCAUGCUGCCCAGCUACGGGCCCAAGCCCUGUCGGAUAUAGAAAAAAACUACCAACUAAAGAGCAGGCAGAUCCUGGGCAUGCGCUAGGCCAGCAGGGCGCAGAGCUGGGGCGGUAUCGAAUGCUGCCAGCCCCCUGGAGAUUGGUCCUCAGCUGCUGUAGUUUGUGUGUCUGGUUCCGAGCUUGGCAUGAGCGUGGUCCUGGGAUUGUCUGUGUCUCUCUCAGCAGCAGGUCUACAAGAUGGACGUGCCUCCCUUUUCCUCUUAAUAUCCCUGUGUAGAAAACACGGGGCCUUUAUACCGUGUGCCAUUACUACUGGGAAUAUGAGAUGGGACACUGUAGAUUUUAGAAGAUAAUGUUCGGGAAGGAAUAUAAACCUGCAGGCCUUACUGAGCAGUUUACAUGACUGAGUGGUGUGCCUGUAUCUGUCAGAUUUUAGAUUUACACUGAAAAUCUGCGCAGCAAGAACGGUGUGCCCAGCACCUGCUGUCCUCAGCCGUGAUGAUGUACAUGGUCUGGUGUCUGAAUGUCGCCAGCUGCUUAGUGGUGGUGGGUGCUUGUGACCCCUGCGGUCACUGUGGUGUCCGGUGUCCGAGGCAUCAGCUGGGCUGUGACUCUUCCCUCUUAGGGUCACGCUAUAGAGGUCGGGGAGGCAGGGGAGGCAGGGGAGGCAGGCCUUAAAUUGAGUGUGUGAUAUUACAGGGAGAGACCCAGCCAUUGAUCCGACAGCCCAGCAUUUUAAUGUGAUUUGUCUCAUUAAAUACACAGACUUCCAUUUUAAAAUUCUGUGUCCUUUAUUUCCUGGAUCUGUAAACUAGCCUGGGUGUGUAACUUGCCACGGUUGACUUUUCUAAUGCUGUUUGGCACUUGGCGCUACAGAAGCAGGGCCAGGGAUCUCUUGCAGCUGCGGAUGCAAUGCCUUUGGAUCUCGGAAGCUAGGUCUUUGGUGGCAGCUUGGAAUUUUAAAAUGGGGAGCAUCUCGUCUAUUCUGUGACAGUCUGCCAGUUGGGACUAGAAACUCAUUGGUGGUUUUUCGUACUUUUUCCCCCCUCUGGGCUAUAAUGGCAUUGGUGUAGCAGUGCAGAAUAGAGUUGUGUAUAUAUAAGCAUUCUAAGUGCGGGUUUAAAUGUUCUGGAACUGUAGAAAACUUAAUUGGAUACAAUUGUUUAUGAAUAACCAGUCAUCUUAUUUAUAAAAUUUCCAAUACAGUAAAAUCUAUUUUGUGGAAA